UGUGUACAGUAAUAAGGAAUAUAUAUGUCCAACGUUUGUUGGUAAUGUGACAUAGCUCUCAGGUGUUCACCAUUACAGCAGGUUGCGUACAGAUGCUGGAAAGGUCUCGCGUGCAUAAUUGAUACGGACGACCGAACGACCUGCUAUUAGCUACCACUGCUACGGGCAAAGUACAUGCACAGAGGACCCCUAUCACAUCGGGGGAUCAGAGAAGUGUAUUGCCACGAUUGACUCUAAGCUAAAGCCAAUGAACAGAUGUAGGUUUCAAGAGAGGAGAUAAAAUUCUCACCGCCGUCCAUACAUAGAUCUAGCUUUGGUAGACAUAGUUUGAUUGUUUUAAGAUAUAAACCGUCUUUAGUACAUGAUAAAAAAUAUUCUCUUUUCGACAGAUUUUUUAAUGUGUGUAUAUGUGGAUCUAUACUGGGGUGAGCAUUCCUGAAUUCUUUUCUAGUUCAGAAGUGAGUGUUUAUUCAUGUUAAUAUAAGACAGCGAUGUCGGUGGAUGUUUUACAACCGAAAUUUUCAACAGGACCAAACUUCAGCUAUCCUCAUUUUCCACAUGUGAAGGAAAACAGAGGGACGCAAGUCGAGAUGAGACAACAUAGAACUACAGAAGAUACAAACAGCAAAAUAAACGUGAAUCACUUCGAUCCAAAUUGUAUAAUAUAUGAUUCCACGUCCGACACAACAUACCUACGUGGACGAUUAUUGGGAAAGGGUGGAUUCGCACGGUGCUACGAAUUGCUGGAUUUAAACACAAAUAAAAUUUAUGCAGGGAAAAUUGUUUCUAAGACCAGAAUAGCAAAGCCACAUCAGAAACAGAAGAUUAUUCGAGAGGUAGAGCUACAAAGAAACUUAAAACACCAGAACGUCGUAGAAUUCCAUAGCUUCUUUGAAGACGAUGAGUUUGUGUACCUCGUGCUUGAGAAUUGCAGUAGAAAGUCGCUUGUACACAUGCUCAAACACCGGAAGAUGCUCACAGAAAUCGAAGUUCGAUACUACAUGCGACAGUUGGUAGAGGGCGUCAAGUACAUUCACAGUCAUAACAUCAUACACAGGGAUCUCAAGCUUGGGAACAUGCUUCUCAACGAGAAUAUGGAACUCAAAAUUGCAGAUUUUGGAUUGGCGACUAAGAUCGGCUACGAAGGAGAAAAGAAAAUGACGGUAUGUGGUACCCCAAAUUACAUUGCACCUGAAGUACUUCAGAAACGAGGUCAUAGUUAUGAAGCUGAUGUUUGGGCUCUCGGAUGUGUUAUGUACGCCUUAUUGGUAGGACGUCCACCAUUUGAGACAUCAACACUAAAGGAAACCUACGUGAGAAUAACCGGAAAUUCUUACGUAUUGCCCAGCACAAUAUCCGGGCCUGCCAAAAAUCUUAUCCAAAAGUGUCUCACACCAGAACCAGAGCUACGUCCCAGUCUAGACCAGUUUCUAGCAGACGACUUCUUCACUUCCGGUUACAUGCCAAAGACGUUGCCUUCCUCUUGUUGCAAUUCUGUACCGAAAUUCCCAGUGUACACAAAAUUUAACAGACCAAAAUCCUAUGCAGUUCCAGAUAAACAAGAUCCUAUAGAAAGAGUCACGUCUCCAUUUAGAAAAGUGGAAAUCACUGCAAGAUCCGACAAGAGUGAUAAAACAUCAGAGGGUAGUGAUAGAGGUUCUCCAGCUGCUUUCCCGCCAAUCAAAUCACCAAUCAGAGAACUCGUCUCAGAAAGGUCGAAUAGAUCUGACAGAUCUGAUUCACCACCACAACGAGAUCUUUCUCCAAAACCUCGCACGGCAGCUAAUUUGCUGGACGUUCUCCACACAUGCCUCGAACACAUGCCAAAAGAUGUGACAAACAAUCCCCUUGCCGUAGGAGACUCCACCAUCAUCUGGGUGACAAAAUGGGUGGAUUAUUCCAAUAAAUAUGGAUUUGGAUUCCAACUUUCCAACGAUGCUAUUGGCGUGCUCUUCAACGAUACGUCACGAAUCGUCAUGUCACCAGACGGAAGAGCAAUCCAGUACUACGACAUGACUGGGAAACUGUCUACAUUCACUGUGGAGUGCGUGCCAGAGGAACUGGAGAAAAAGACUACCCUGUUACUGUACUUUGCGAGGUACAUGGACGAGCAUCUUAUACAGGGUGGUAACGUGGAGACAUCGAGAGACUCGGAUGAUUACGUGUGGGGAGGGACUGCCUACCUGAAAAAGUGGUUCCGGACCGGAAAAGCUAUUGUGCUAUAUCUUAGUGAUGGUACCCUUCAGGUGAAUUUCUUCGACGACCACACGAAGAUUAUCAUGAGCUAUAUGAAGAACGACUACUUUGUGACUUACAUUGACGAGGACAGAACUGCCAACACUUAUCCCAUGGUUCACAUCAUCCAGGAUGGCUGCCGUAGAGAUAUCGUGGAACGAAUGGCUUUUGCUAAGUCCAUGUUAAAAAACCUGGUCGAUAUUGAAGGGGCCGACAUUUAAAUGUGAUAUAACACAGUAUUUAUUCAGUGCAAGCGUCCGACAUCACCCACGUGUCUUUCUAUUUCCAUCCGUGACGUAUAGUGUCACUGUGACGUCAAAGGCUGCCAUUAAAUGCCUGCUAGGCCAUAUGACGUCCAUGUGACGUGAAAUUGUGAUAAAACAUAUUUCCUUUUGUUUAAGCAUAGAAUGACUCUGCUUGUGCUUAUGGAAUAUUACCUCUCUUUCGAACAGAAUUCAGGAAUGAUUGUGGAGUUAGAUCAGAAAUGUUGGAGAAGCUGUUGACUUUGAAAGUCUUUCAUUAUUUAUGUGGACAAAGCAACUAAGAGAAAAAACAUCAAUCGGUCAUCUGUCAUUUUGCUGUGAAAAUCAUGAGGAUCACUGGGAUAAGGGAAACCGACAGAAACAUUUUUUUCUGUGUUGAAGAUAGUGUGUACCUUAUAUUGUAUUCCUAUUGAAUAACUUUCACUACAACAGUAUUUCCCUUACGUUGUAAACUACGAGAAAAAGAUUUUUCGGAGAUUAUAACAAUUAUAUACACUAUUGUCAAGAGAUAUGUGUUGAUCUUCCGAAACUUUCUUGCCAGAAAUCAAGUGAAGAUUGUUAAGACCUUGAUCUUUGUUGUGUUUCUGACACGUGCUCCAAUCCCCUAGCAAUUAGUUCUAAGGGAAGUAUAUCACCUUUGUAUGAUUUGUAGCGAUCUCAUUUGCCAAAAUCAAAAAAUGAGUUUAGCAAUGAAAACAAAUAAUAAACUUGUUGCAAUAUUUUUACAUCAUUUAUAAAUGGUGUUUGACCAAAAUGUCUCCUCUAAAUAUAAAAGUAUGUCAAACAUAUCAGAGGCAGAAAGAGAAUGGUCAUUGUGAUAUCAGUAUGUCUGUGUCUACUUCCGGUUCCGGUAAAGUUGUCACAAAGUCUUGAACCUUUGCUGGUAUUUUGGCAAUAGAUGAAUUAGUUGUUAAGUAAAGAGAUAAAUAGUGUAUACGAGAAAGACUAAAUCUCCUUUCGUGCAAGGACCAAACUGUCCAGUAGUAUUCUGACAGAAUGUAUUGAAAACUUUUCCAUUUGUGAUAAUUUGUGUUGGGAAAAUUUGCUAGUCAAAAUUUACUUGGGAAUAAUAUUGAUCAUUCCAACAAUUAAUGGUGAAGAAUUUGAUAAACUUUUACAUCUGUUCAGCUUUAUUCUGGCAUGCAUUUGGUAUUCUGCUUUCGAGCUUGUAUACAGUGUAUAUGCUAUAAGUGCUUGUUGUGUGGCCAUCACGUGGAUCGUAUAAAUUUCAAAAAUAUGUGAGGUUGAAAGCCACGUGUGAUAUCCACUACUCCUGUAAAUGUGAUACUAUUUGUCUCCCUGAAAAAUGGACCAUGAUUUUAAAUGAUCUCAUUAAUAUGCAAAAUUUAACUUUAUGUACAAAAGUAUGGUAGCGACGUAUACACUUAGAACAUUGAAAAUGUAGUGAAGAUGUACGACUGUCAGGGAUGAGAAAAUACGUUCGAAAUUCCGCACAUUAUAGAUAAUGUAACAAGGGUUUCCAAUUUAAUUUCUACUUUAAAUGUGCAAAAGCGAAUUUGUUGAUGUCUUUGUUGCUUGUGAAUAUUGAGUUUGUUUUGAUGAGUGUUUGACAUUUUAUUGAUGAACUAUACUGUUUAUAUGAAUUCAAUGAAAUAUAUUUUUUCAACUUGGCAUGGUCAUGACCUUCAGUUUGAUGACAUAGUCAUGACGUAAUAUGACAUGUAAGGCUGUACGAGAUAGUAUGAGGAAUUAAGUGACUUGAGAAGACUGCACGAAAUCGAAUACUUGGAUAAAAAUACCCCUUCUUGAGUAAAUGUGUAUUCGUUAUCAGGUAAUCAACGGAGCCAGGAAUCCGCAUUUGAUCCUGAUUUGUAUCUGCAGAUGUGAUAUGUUGGUAUGCUAUCAAUAGUUCAGAAGAUCGUUUGAUGAAUGGAGAAGUGCAACGGAUGUGUGUGUGUGUGUGAUGGAGGAACUUGAUUAAUGUGUUUCCAUAAGUUAAGUGUGGAUAAAUAUUUGUGCGUUAAGCGUCAGAGAAAUUCCAAUAUUUUGUAAAUUAUGAUUGAUGAGAAAAUGGUCACAACCUGUCCAGUGUGGCUGACUACUAUUUUGCCUCUUUUUUGCAAUAAAUACGGAAAAUCUAAGAACUGAAAAA